CAGACUAAACUACAUCAAGCCAAAUUACCUGAACCCAAACCCAUCAGACCCAACCCCAUCAGACCAAACUACCUGAACCCGAACCCCAUCAGACAAAACUACCUGAACCCAAACCCCAUCAGACCGAACUACCUGAACCCAAACCCUAUCAGACCAAACUACCUGAACCCAAACCCCAUCAGACCAAACUCCAUCAAGCCAAACCAUCUUAAACAGAACCCUGUGAGGCCAAACCUUAUCAGUUCAAACUGCCUCAAACCAAACCCCAUCAGACCAAACUUUAUCAAGCUAAACUGCCUAAAACUGAACCCCAUUAGUCCAUCCCCAUCAGACCAAACUACCUAAAACCAAAUCCCAUCAGUCCAAACCUCAUACAUUUUUCAGUCUGUAACCAUCAGAUCAAACUCCAUCAGACCAAACUACCUAAAACCGAACCCAUUGAGUCUGACCCUCGCAAGUCCAAAUCACACUCGUCUGAACCUCAUAAAUCCAAACCCUUUCAGUCCGUCCCCAACAGACAGAACUUCUUCAGACUAAACCACCUAAAACCAAACCCCAACAGUCCAAACCUCAUCAGUCCGAACCUGCCACAGACCAAGCAUCAGACCUGAAAAGGUAAUAUAUUGUGUCUAAUGCUGACCAGAUUUCUUUGGGCCAAAUAUCCUCAGGUAAAAGGGCAUCAAACCAAACACCAAACCCAAGGAAAAUGUCUCUUAUAGCAAAGCCAUGAAAGCUGGAAGCAGUUCCACUGUUUUAUGUUGUAUGUUAUGAUAUAAAAUGUAAAAUAUCAAUGCCACUGUGUCGAAAAUACUGCACUUGACCUUCCACCACCGUGCCCUUAGUGGUUGAGGUUUAACCUCAACUGACAUUCGUGUCGACUCUAUAUUAGCUACAGCACUUAUUUUACAUUCUAGCAGACACCAAUGUAUUGAAUAAUGUAUUGAAUAAGGAUGUAAAUAGUUUCUUUAACAAUACCAAAACCAGGUGGUUUCAGGAGAAUGUCUAGCAGAAAUGAAUUGAAUCCAUAAAGGAGGUCCUCGUUGUCUGGCAUCUCCAUCUUUAAUAAUGCACAAAGUGUUAUUUUUGGCAGGCCGGUAUCUGUCUGAUGUACACCCCAGGAUCAGUGGCCAUCUGGCAGACAUCUCUGCUGUGUUCCCCCUCCAGGCACUGCAGUCUCUGAUAUGGACAGACUCAGUGGGAAGGGUUGGGGUUCAGAUGUGUAGCCAGUUAUUGAUGGAUUUCUGUCUGAGCUGUUAGGCACUUCACCAGCACCCUUCACUUGGGGACAUGUGGUGUGAAAUAGGUAAACUUUGAAUGAAGAUGUUGUUGAGUCUGAUGGGUGAUGUUUUCUGCUGCUGAAGCGUGAUUGAGGCUCGGUAAUGAGGAUAAUAAGCAGUUUGCUGAACCUGAAAGAUUAUCCCAUUAUCCCAGUUUAAACCAUUCUUCUGCUGCUGGACACUAAUUCUCUGUUAUCUUUUCUGUCUCCUCCAUCCCCCUAAUGGCACCAUCUUCAUCACCUCAGACCCUCAUGCAGGAUUUUUCAUAUGACGACUCGAAGGUGGAGUUCAACGUGGAUGCCCCUAGUGGCGUGGUGAUGGAGGGCUACUUGUUCAAAAGGGCUAGUAAUGCCUUUAAGACCUGGAACAGACGGUGGUUCUCCAUACAGAACAAUCAGCUAGUCUAUCAGAAGAAGUUGAAGGAUGUUCUGACGGUGGUAGUGGAAGACCUCCGAUUGUGUUCUGUUAAACCACAUGAAGAUAUCGAGCGGAGGUUCUGCUUCGAGGUCGUCUCCCCGUUCAAGAGCUGCAUGCUUCAGGCUGAGUCUGAGAAGCUAAGACAGGCUUGGAUUCAGGCAGUUCAAGCCAGCAUUGCUUCAGCAUACAGAGAGAGCCCAGACACUUUCUACAUAGAGCAUCUGGACAGAACUGCCUCUCCGUCCACCAGCAGCAUCGAUUCAGCCAGCGAGCCGCGGGAGCGAAGCGCUCGGGGUGAGACCAUCCUGCAGCGCAUCCAGGGGAUGCCGGGGAACGAGCAGUGCUGCGACUGCGGUCAGGCAGACCCGCGCUGGGCCUCCAUCAACCUGGGCGUCCUGCUGUGCAUCGAGUGCUCCGGGAUCCACAGGAGUCUUGGGGUCCACUGUUCAAAAGUGCGUUCCUUGACGCUUGACUCAUGGGAACCAGAGUUAUUAAAGCUGAUGUGUGAGCUUGGAAACAGCGUCAUCAACCACAUAUAUGAAGGUUCAUACCAAGAACAGGGUCUGAAGAAACCGUUACCAUCCAGCUCAAGGCAGGAAAAAGAGGCCUGGAUUAGAGCGAAGUAUGUGGAGAAGAAAUUCCUGAAGAAGCUGGGCUCCACUGAGGUCCUCGUCAACGGGGAGAGGAAGUCGGAGAGGCACUGGAGUGUGAAGAAAUGCCGGAGACACAACAGCGCCACCACUGUUCCCAAAACACAGAGGAGAUACAGACAAGAGCCUGGCAGCACCUCCCCUUCUGCUCUCUCAAUUGCAGCGGCCAAAUUCAGACGAGAAUCUUUGUUUUGUCCUGAUGAGCUGGAUUCUCUCUUCUCUUACUUUGAUAACGGAUCUGGUCCUCGAAGUUUGAGCAGCGACAGCGGCUUGGGAGGCAGCACAGACGGAAGUACCGACAUCCUGGUGUUUGGCUCGGUGGUGGACAGCGUCACAGAGGAGGAGUGCGAAGUGUCUGAAGAGUCGAGCGGUGAGACUGAGGCCGAGACUUCAGACCCGGAGGACACGAGGGAGAUGGAUCCUGGAACGCUGCUCUAUAAAGCCUCUAAGGCUCGCAACCUGCCCGUCAUGGCAGAAGCUCUGGCCCAUGGCGCCGACGUUAAUUUGGCUAACGACGAGGACGAAGGAAAGACGCCUCUUAUACAAGCUGUUACUGGGGGUUCUCUGGUUGCCUGCGAGUUCCUGCUGCAGAACGCUGCUGAUGUCAACCAAAGAGAUGGAAGAGGGAGGGGGCCCUUGUAUCACGCUACGUAUCUGGGACACACAGGGUGAGUCAAAGUAAAACAUUUCCCAUCUCUGC